UAUGAUCAUCGUCAUCAUUCUCAUCUACACCCUGACUUCCAUUGGGUUCGCUUUGAACUGGUCAUUUGUGCACUCCGCAUUCAUCACCAUGACUAACAGACAAAACUUUUGGACUAUGUAUCUCAUGCUCAGUGAUACCAGCGACAAAGCAGUUUUGAGCAUGGGAAUCACAGGAAUCCUAUGUAACAUCCUUGCAGAUUCUAUCAUGAUCUGGCGUUGUUGGGUGAUCUGGGGCCGGCACUGGCUCAUUGUUCUCCUUCCUACUCUUUGUUUAGUCUCUAGUAUCGCAUUCAAAAGCAUCAACAUGUACAUGGUAUUCGCUCACAGAAACCAAAUUAACCUACUCUACCCAGUACUUUAUGUAUCGUUCAACCUCGUUACCAUGAUAUGGUACACUCUGGGGAUCGUCUACCAUAUCUUGUCCAUCGGUGGCAACCUCAGAGCUUAUCGCUGUACUAUCGAAAUCUUAGUUGAAUCCUCGACCCUUUAUUCCGUUGCCUUGAUCCUAUACGUGGCUUUCGUCACUCGCAACAAUUUGGGGGCAAGUUACCUUGAUUCUGUAGCCGCAGUUGCAAGGGGGAUUGCACCGACACUUAUCGUUGGGCGGGUCGCAGUGGGAUAUGCUCGCCCAGAUGAUUCCUGGGAGGGAAGCGUGAUGUCUUCCCUUCGCUUUGGGGGGAAUCAGAUCUCGACAAGCUCUCAGGGAAGUACUAUCGCAAGUAUUGAUGAUGACCUUGAAGCUCAGCUUGAGAGUGAAGACAAGUGCGUGCAAACUCAGACGUGUUUCUAG